AAGUUAGAAGAGGAAAAAGUUUGAUAAAAUUAUUAUUAAUAAUUAAUGCCUUUUUAUGAAUUCAUCUAUCUUCUUAAUUGAUAAAAAUCUAGAAAUACAUUUAUAUAUAUACAUAUAUAAAAUGAGUAUUAUUUGACAUUUCACCCGCACUUCCAGCAAGAUGCGCGCGAAAUCAAUGACUGUGCGCUGAUCAGCUGAUUGGAGAUUACAUUCGAAAAUUCGAAUUAAUCUUAUUGUUAGUCUUACUUUGUUUCAAUGCAAUACAUAAUUUUUUCCUAAAGAUUAGUGCUUGUUAAUAAUUAUUAUUGAUAGAGGUAGAUCACCUCGAUUGUCGUGCAAAAAUGACAGAGGAAUUAUCUGGUGUAACCAUAGUGAUAUUUAUAGCAGCGGGCGUCUUGACAAUAUUGUUGCUAUUCGUCUUCGCGAAACGACAAAUUAUGAGAUUUGCUCUAAGAUCUCGUCGAGGUCCUCAUAUCCCUAUAGGACACGAUGCAAAAAAAUCCUUGAAAAAGGAAAUAGAGAGGAGAAUUGAAGUAAUACCUAGGAUCCAAUAUGAACCGCAACUCAUCAGUGAUCCUAGAUAUAUUUUAACUCCAGGGGGUCAAGUUCCACCACAUUAUUAUAGAUUGAAAGCAGUUGAUGAUGUUAAAACCUUAGAGGCAGAGAUUACAAAAUAUGACAACUGUUUGAAAAGACAUCCCUCAGAGAAUCUAAGAGCGUAUUUGCUCACUACACUUGCCACUCCAUUGAAUGGAAGCGGUCAGCGUUUAAUACAUCAGUUCUGUGAUUUGUACGAACAUGCGAGACACGAUCCUACUGAAUUCGGGGAUGAGGAGUAUCAAGUGUACACUCGUUUAUUUCUAAAGUUGAUGGAUGCGGCGCGUUUAUUAAAAUCAUAUUCGAGCAGUAGAAAGUCUAGUCCUAGUCGUACACCAAUCAAAAAGAACGUGGAGACAAAGAGAAAUAUUUUGGAACCGCGAAUGCGUCCACCAGAAGAACAAAUUCUAACUGGCUCGAGACCUAAUACUUUAACAGUAAUGACAUUAGACAAUAGCGAAACGUCCGUGUAGCAUUAUGAGUGCCGUCACAUACAACAUAUGUGACGAGGAAAUUGUAGAUAUAUAUGAUAUUGAAAUAUUUUGUACAACACUAUGUGCAAAUGAAACAUCCAAUUUAGUUAGGGAAAUUAUUAAAAUGCAUUUUUAUUUUUAUGAUAAGUAAAAGCCUAAGGUCUUCACAUUCUAUUCAAGAUGAGUAUCAGUAUUUAAUAAUUCUAAUAUUUUAUAGACAAUGAAUAUUUUCUUUCCCCAUGUUGUUUACUAUUUUUAUGUAUAUAAAUUUAUAUUUAUACAUAAUAUUAUUUAUAAAAAUAAGUCUUAUAUAAAAGAUUUUCAGAUUUUUUUGAAUAGAUAUUGCCUGUAAAAUUGCUCUUUUGACAAGUACUGAUGUAUAUAACAACAGUAUAGAAGUAAUCGAAUUAGAAAAUUAAUCUUAAUAAAAUUCAAGAAAAUGUAUAAAAUAAUUAAGAUAAUAGAAAGUUGUCUUUUCUUUUGAAUGUUUGUAUAUUUUUCAGCAAUGACGAAUUAACAUAUUUUUUUCUACAUAUUACUGUUUAAAUGUAAAAAUGUUUAACUAACGAAUUGGAUAUUAAUUAUGAUGUAAAAAGAUAAAUCUAAGUAUCUGUGUAUCAACCUAUUAGAAUUUGUCGUAAUUAUUAUAUUUUAUUAGCAAUAAAACAUAGAUAUUUAAAUAAAA